UCAAACCAUUACUGCAAUAAGGAUGUGAUCUAGCAAUGUUUGUGUGUGUGUGCACAGUAUUUGUCUGUGAGGUCUCUGCUGACUUCCGUUUUUUAUUCGUCAGUGAAUGCAGUAACAGGAACUGCUUGUUUCUCUCUGGCAGGGAGUGAAAUGCUCAUUUCAGGUUCUGUCUUUUACUCACUCUGACCAUCAAAUGGCUCGUUCUCUGAAUCUCUUUGGUCUUUUACUUUACACCUCAGGAACUUUGAGCAUGAAGACAUUAGAUCAUGUAACUCUGAGUGAAAGUGGAAGCAUUACAAUCCCCUGUCUGUACGACAGUCAGUAUAAACCAAACUCAAAAUACUGGUGUGAAGGGUAUUUUUGGAAUUCUUGCCAAAUUACAGCCCAUACAAAUGCUCCAGGGAAAUGGACAAUAACCGAUUUUCCAGCCAACAAUAUUUUUACUGUGAAACUCAACAAACUGACAUCCUCAGACUCUGGAUAUUACUGGUGUGCUGUGAAGAUCGGCACUUAUGCAAACCCAGAUGACAGAAAAUAUUUGUAUGUAACCGUUAAAUCAGCUCCUGAUGUGUUUGUGGUGAGCAGCAGUGUAUCAGGACAUGAAGGUGGUAAUAUCAGUGUUCAAUGUCUGUACAGUUCUGAUUAUCAGAAUAAACUCAAACAGUGGUGCAGAAUUACACAUCAGAGCUGUUACACAGUGGGGAGGACUGACACAUCCCAGAAUUCAUCAGUGCAGAUCAGUGAUGAUGAUGGGAGAAGAUCCUUCACUGUGCUGAUGACUGGACUGAGACUGACUGAUUCUGGUUGGUACUACUGCUCUGUGGGAAAUCUGCAGGUUAAAAUCAACCCACUUACAUGA